UAGCUCAAGUUGUUCCUAAAGCAAUAGUGUCCUUAGUUGUGUCUUCUUCUCCUCCAAAAGAAGGAAAGAGAGCUUCUUCACCCAGUUGAGCUAUAAAUCCACAAUUUGGCUUCUGUUUCUGAGCUUGAGAAACCUACAAAAGCAACUGGUUUUUUCCCCUGAUCAUGUCCUUCAGAUCCACUCCACUACCUGCCAAAAGACAUUCACAUGCCUUGGCUUGUUCUGAAUAGAAAAUUUCCUUACAACCCUUUUUGGAUACAGUAGUGCUAAGGAUAGGCCCCAUUGUCCACACCAUUUUUCAACUCCAUAAUCAUGCUCAGAAAGAUCUAGCUAGCUAGUUAUUGCAGGUGCACAAGCUCAGAGAUCAAGUUUUUCCCGUUCUUUUUCUCUUCCAGAAAUUCAUAAUGGUUAUGGGUUCAAAAGUUUUAUCUCUUAUACUUUCAUGCUUGUUAAUCGCGCCGCUGUCUCGGGAGGUUGAAGCGGCAAAGGCCAACCCCCAAAUCACUGUCAUGGGUUUUGUUUACUGUGAUACUUGCUCCAACAACACCUUCUCCAGGCACAGCUAUUUCUUACCAGGUGUGGGAGUAAGAGUAGAUUGCACAUUCAAGGCAGUUUCUCCAAGAACCACAGAACAGAUCUCAUUUUCAGUCAACAGAACCACAAACAGACACGGAGUUUAUAGAUUGGAGAUACCGGCUGUUGACGGAAUUGAAUGUGCAAGAGACAGAGCAAUAGCUUCUUCCUGCCGGGCGAGCUUGAUGUGGAGCUCAGCUUCUUCUUGCAAUGUUCCUGGUCACAGAACCACAUCAGAUGAGAUCACAAUCAAGUCAAGACAAGCUAAUGUCUGCAUUUACAGUUUAAAUGCACUGAGUUACAGACCAUCCAGGAAAGAUAUUACCUUAUGUGGGAAUUAGGAUGUGCACAUCUAAAGAUGUUCCAAUGGUGCUAGUUCUUAACUUGCCUGCUUUUAAUUUAAUGCCUUCUCCCGCUGCA